UUAUCAAGAAACCAAUCUAAAAGAGACCAAAAAUCUCUCACUUCUUUGAAACUUUGCAAAAGAGAUGGAAGUAGUGAAGAAUUUGGAUGUUGAAAAAUACAUGGGAAGAUGGUAUGAAAUUGCCUCAUUUCCAUCAAGAAAUCAACCAAAAGAUGGUGUAAACACUAGAGCCACUUACACUUUAAACCAAGAUGGGACAGUACAUGUGUUAAAUGAAACAUGGAGUGGUGGAAAAAGAGGUUCAAUUGAAGGGACAGCUUAUAAAGUUGAUCCAAAAAGUGAUGAAGCAAAACUUAAAGUGAAAUUUUAUAUCCCACCUUUCUUGCCAAUUAUUCCAAUUGUUGGAGAUUAUUGGGUUUUAUAUAUUGAUGAUGAUUAUCAAUAUGCUUUGAUUGGUCAACCUAGUAAGAAAUAUCUUUGGAUAUUAUGUAGGCAACCACAUCUUGAUGAAGAAAUAUACAACCAACUUGUUGAGAAGGCAAAAGAAGUAGGAUAUGAUGUGAGCAAACUUCACAAGACACCUCAAGCUGAUCCUCCACCAGAUGGUGAAGAUGCCCCAAAGGACACUAAAGGAAUUUGGUGGAUCAAAUCAAUCUUGGGAAAAUAGUCAUCUUACACGUAGUUUUUUUAAAACCAAUAACUAAAUAAAUUUUACAAUAUAAAUUAUGAAAAGUUGUCUUGUAAAGAAGAGUUUAUUGUUGUUUAUAUUUCAAAUGUUUUUUAAGGUUGUAAUUUUCUUUUAGGUGUGUCCUUGUAGUGUUGGUAGUAUAGUACGUGUAAUAGUGUGUUGUUGUAACUUGUAAGAGAGUUUGCUGUUAAUUUUACAAUAUAAAUUAUGAAAUGUUGAAUAUAUAAUUUGUUUCUUUCAAA